GAGCGCUAAUCAUAAUCAUGAACCCGAUGCGUCGAAUUCAAGACUCAUUCUUUACAAACCGCCUUGGCGCUUAAUAUAUAAAGUCACUGCGGCCGUGCUUCACACGUUUACCUUCAAACUGAAUAUCAUCUUUCUAUCGUCCUUGAAACUCAGAAGUAUCAUGCCUCCCAGCGAAGAUGGCCUCUUGAGCCAAUCUCCUAGACAGUCAGAAUCGCUCACAGCAAUACCAAGGUAUCCACCAGCUGCACAGAAACUAAGGGAUGGUUCCUUGCCUCUUCAAGUUCCGAAUGCUGAAGCGCAUGUCAGUGCGGGUGGAGAAAGGCCUGCAAUAACAGGUUCACGAGCGUAUGGUCAUGCCUCUGACUCGGAGGCGGAGAGAGGUGACCACGAGUGGGAAGUUGACACCUCGUCUCCGCGUUUGGAAACACAUCAUAGGCAGUCGGUUUCUUAUGUGCCUACUGAAAAUACACUUCAAAUGGCAAGGAGAGUUGUUGUAACAACGCUUAUAAAGCCAACGAAGAAACGUCCGUUUUUUCUUGGACUAAAAAUCGUGUUGACUGGCUCCUGGUUGAAUAUCUUAAUCAUAUUUCUUCCCGUAGCU